CCAUGUACUCCUCUUCUUGACUUUUUAAGGUUUAACAUUCACUUUCUCCCCUUGUACAUAUUCUCAAACCUAACUCAAGAUCUCACCAUUUCUUAAAUCAAUUCAAAACCCAUCUAACACACACAGGUAGAAAUUCUUAGUAGUAGCAAUGAUCCAAGAUCAAGAAGUUAAUUUAGGUUUAGUUGAUCAAGCAAUACAAUUGUUCAGAACUUCACCACCCACAUGGAGAUCAGCUCUGUUUAGCAAUUUAAUCAUCUUUCUUGUGGGCUCUCCUCUUCUUGUGGCUGGCUUGUCUUUGCCUGGCAUUGCGGCUGCAUUCUUGCUUGGCUCCCUCACUUGGCGCGCUUUUGGCCCCUCUGCUCUGUUUCUUGUUGCCACUUUUUUCGUUCUUGGCACAGCGGCAACAAAGGUGAAAAUGGUUCAGAAGGAGGCACAAGGGGUAGCAGAGAAGAGAAAAGGGAGGAGAGGACCAGGAAGUGUGAUUGGUUCAAGUGCAGCUGGUUGUGUUUGUGCUUUCCUUUCAAUUUAUGGAGGUGGUGGGAGGGCAUUUUUCCAGCUCUGUAAGCUUGGUUUUGUUGCCAGCUUCUGUACUAAGUUGAGUGAUACUGUCUCAACUGAAAUUGGGAAAGCGUAUGGGAACACAACGUACCUUGUAACAACAUUUAAAGUAGUGCCUAAGGGUACAGAAGGAGCUGUCAGUGCUGAGGGAACCUUUGCUGGUUUCCUAGCCUCUAUAUUUCUUGCCUGGACUGGUGUUCUUAUUGGGGAGAUAAAUAUGCCUGAAGCUGUAAUAUGUGUAAUAGCUUCCCAGGUCGCUAACCUUGGUGAAAGCUUCAUAGGUGCUGCACUGCAAGAAAAGGAAGGGUUUCAAUGGCUCAACAAUGAUAUUGUCAAUGUCAUCAAUAUAUCUAUGGGCAGCAGUUUAGCAGUCCUGAUGCAGCAGGUCAUGCUACAAAGUAGUAAACACAGUGGCUGAUAAAGUCGAGCAAGAUAUUGAGAAAUUAGGCUAUUUUUUAUGAAAACGUUGUUUGCAGCAUCAAACCAUUUUAACGAUAUUAAUCAAUUAAUUGAUUUAUGGCGAUUUCAAGUGAAGGGCUGACCAUUUCUUACUGACCAAGGUACCCAUUGGUGUUGUUUUAAUGCUAGUCAUGCUGUUGUUUGGAUUUGAAACAAGAUCGUUGCAUGCAAGUGCUCCCAUAUCUGCAGAAAAAGUUCUAACGGUCAGAUCAUCCUGAUUGUAAUUAUAGAAACAUUUGUACGUAUACUCGUGUCCAUUUAUGAAUUGAAAAAUAAAAAAAAGGGUGGGUUCCUCUUGGCAAUUG